AUGCCGAGCGUCCGACUUCUCUCCUUCGUCCUCGCGUGCCUCGAUUUCCUGAUGAUCUGCGCGACACAGAGCCCGAUAGACGCGCCGAGGACGCUCUCGAGACCCAAGAGGUACUUGAUUUUUCCGGAAGGCAGCAACGUGCAGCUGGUGUUUUGCCUGACGAUUGGAACGUACGCCACAGAGAAUGACGUGGUGAUGGGCAUGACGGUGGCCCUGGCCUGGGAAUUGCCGAGCAAAGUCGACGACAAAAUAUCGAAACUCCUCGAUCGUAAGAGCAGGAGCAUCGUCUUCCCGAAAAUAGAAGCUCUACUCCAGUCGACGGGCCUCGAUGGCAGAGCCUGCGUGAUGAGGGCACUCUGCGAAGCUGGGCAAAGAGAUCCUGCGGAUCUUGGCAAAGGAACCCUCGUCCAGGAGCUGUUGCACGCCAUCUUCACACUGCCCAAGGACGGGCGAUUCGAGCGGUCGGAGGAUCGAGGUUACGAGCACGCUCACAGAACCACCGAAAACUGCUCGCAGCUCUAUCCGACCUGCCAGCACUCCAUUUAUGAGGUAGACUUCUGA